GCACACAGAGCCUGAGGAGGAAAGCCUGGCUAAACAGAGACAGUUGAUAAUCACCUCUAUGCAAGGAUCACCACUGUCCUCCCUUGGCAUCGCCUGUCUGCCUUCCCUGGUCAAAGUCCUGCCGUGCAUUUUGAUAAGACAGGCACUGGUGGCAUCACAGUCACUCUGCUCUACACCUUGCCACGCUCCACCAUCUCAAGACAACCUCUGCUUUACCCCAGAAUGGAUCCCGUGUACGAGACCGCCGAGGUCACCUACGAAAACCAGUCGUCAGGUGUGUAUGACCUGACCUACGAGGCGCCGUACCAAGAGCCCUCUGACCUCGUAGCAGAGUACGAGAACACGGGACGGGCCAUCGGGCAAAUACCAGCUCCCCCUUCUCUACCCCCACCUCUCCCUCCUACAGAGGAGAGGCGAGGCAGUUCCUCCUCCUCCUCUUCAUCCUCCUCAUCUUCCUCGUCUUCCUCGCAUGCCGAAAAUGAAGAGGAGAGGGAGACGGAGGACUGGAACAGGGAUGAGGAGAAAGAGGAAGAGGAGAAAAUAGAGGCAGAGGAGAGCAGCAAAGAUCUGAGUUGGGUGAGAAGAUCUCCAGAGGUGGAGGAGGAGAAGGAGGAGAAGGAGGAGGAGGAGGAGGAAAGGAGGGACUCAUCACGCAGAUCCUCAUCUUCCUCAUCAUCUUCAUCCGCCUCUGAGAAAGAGGAACCUGAGAAACCCAAGCCUGAGAAGGACGGGCCAGAAGUCCAGCUUUUUGUAAAGGCUGGGAGUGAUGGGGAGAGCAUUGGAAACUGUCCCUUCUCUCAACGCCUCUUUAUGAUCCUCUGGCUGAAAGGUGUAGUCUUCAAUGUCACCACUGUUGACCUCAAGAGGAAACCAGCUGACCUUCACAACCUGGCUCCGGGGACGCACCCGCCCUUCCUCACCUUCCAAGGGGAGGUUCUCACAGACGUCAACAAAGUAGAGGAGUAUCUGGAGGCGAUGCUGGCUCCGCCGAAGUACCCCAAACUUGCAGCAAAGAAUCGUGAAUCAAACAUAGCAGGAAAUGACAUAUUUGCCAAGUUCUCCGCUUACGUCAAAAACACGAGACCGGAUAAACAUCGAGCAUUAGAGAAGAGUCUAGACAAGUCCCUGGACAAGCUGGAUAAGUACCUGAUGAGUCCACUACCUGAUGAGGUCCAGGUGGGACGCCCUGGUGGCGACGGAGAAUCCAAACGCAAAUACCUGGAUGGAGACGAACUGACGCUGGCUGAUUGCAACCUUCUGCCCAAACUUCAUGUUGUCAAGGUGGUUGCGAAGAAAUAUCGAAACUAUGACAUCCCGUCUGAAUUCAGAGGGCUGUGGCGUUACCUCAACAACGCCUACAGCCGGGAUGAGUUCACCAACACGUGCGCAGCCGAUGUGGAAAUCGAGCUAGCCUAUAAGGACGUUGCAAAGAGGUUGGGAAAGUGAAUGAGUCACUCCCACCAUUACCAUUGUAACUUUCUCUACUUUUACAAAAUCUACUAAAUCACACUGAUAACACACAGCAACUACAAAGCAUGAGUCGUUUUUAACGUGUACGGGCUGAAAUGUGGAUCGAUGUAGGACAUUGGUGUGUGUCUCAAAGAAAGGACGAAUGAUUCAAUGUUUUUUUAAGUGUCUGUCUCAAUUUUUAUGCCUCUGUGAUAAUACUGUAAACCAGUGGAAGAGGCUGAAAUUGUUGGCCGUGGUGAUUAUACUGCUAAUAUUUCUCAAAAGAAAAAUAGCAUGAUUUUUUAUUGAGGAAAAGGUUUAAAGUUUGCAAUUGACCAAUCAAAUGUCAUGCCCCAUAUGGGCACAUUGAUAGGACAGCUUGAGAUAGGGCCGCUGCAGAAGCCUUCGCCAUACGGGGCGCACACCUUACAGGUGAGCUAGACGUCAUCCCACACUACUGCUUUGUUGUCAAAUCUAUGACGAGUGUUCCAAUAAUAAAGUGUGUAGGUAAAAAAGAAACGAUUAUCUGCUUUAACGUGCUGUGCCAGAAUGGAAAGCUUGACAGUCCCUAGCAACAGAACCCAAUCAAGGGUGGUUUCAAUUAGAAAUGUCAAAAAUUAAUGGGGAGAACAAAAUUUAGUUGGCAGACCUCUGGUCAAUCUAUGAUGGAGGUUUUUUUUUUAUCUCCUGAGCCUUACUGAAAUAUUACCCCUUUCUACUCAUAGUUAACCUGCCUGUUAACCCUUUGAAACAUGAGUGAAUUGGCCUAAUUAUUUUGAAAAUCAUGAGGAAAAGGCAGGGGGAAAGUUCGAAAGAAAUGACCCAAAAAUUUGGCAAAAAGUGCAAGAAAUUUACCUGAAAAUUAGGAAGAAAUGAAGAGAGAAAA